GCACGUCCAAUGAUUUAUACCUGGUGAACUUCAGUACCAACUUUAAAUAAAACAUUGUUUGAUAAAUACGUUUUAAAACGACUUCAAUAACAACGUUACCAUAGCAACAACAUCCGACGCACUAGGCUCUUCUUGGAUACACAUCCCCAAGCUGCUGCUGCUAUUGGAUAAAUGCUCUAGAGAUGUCACUGUGGCAACCGAAUCGUGAGGGGUUUGACAUACAAACGGAAAUCCAGCCCUUGAAAUUGUACUGGUCGGUUUGGUGUGGAGUUCAUCGGUCCGUGGGCGAGGUUUCUGGAGACUGGACGCAGCCAUUGGACUAUUUAGAGAUCUGUUAAAUGAGGAGAAAGACGUCUCUUUUUCGUCGCUACGGAAGCCGAGAGGAGAGUGGCUGGUUGCGCGGCGGCGGUGGGUCUCCACCCGAGAGUAUGGCGGCCAGGAAUGUAUUGCUGUGCGAAUAAGAACCGGAGAGCGAUGAGAGGAAAUCAAAGAGGCUAAACUUGUUAUAUCAACUCUUGAGAUUCAUGACCAUUAAACGGUAUUUAUUCGGAUAACGCACGCAUCUCUUAGGAAAAAACGGGGUCUUUCCAGGUUUCCUCCUAAUGUCCUCGCAGGAGCAAGUUUUGUUUUUUUAUGAUGCUUUACAGUGGCGAGCUAAACUGAUGAAAAAGCACAAGUUAUUAAUUGCCGAGUCGUUUUGUUCUACCCUGAUGUAUGCGGGGAAUUACAGGCGUCUGAACUCAAAUCAUUAUCAAUGUCUAGGCUGCCUCGGGGAAUUUUUACAAUGAAACCCAUCUCUGGGCACCAAGUCUUUGUGCUCUGGCUGUUUAUUUCUCAUAGCUAAGCAGUGGUAAGCGAGGUAGCCAUAGUCUGUUCAUUCCCGUAAGAAUGGGGUGCAGUCUGUAGCCUGAUUGCCAGUGUUUUUACGGCGAUUUAUGUUUUAAUUUUUCAAUGCCGAAUGGUAAGUGGUAGUGUCCGACAGUAUUUUUGUUUUAUCCGUUAAAACACGGGAGCGAUGCGCGAGUACAAAGUGGUGGUCCUCGGAAGCGGUGGGGUCGGGAAAUCCGCCCUUACGGUGCAGUUUGUCACCGGGACGUUCAUUGAAAAGUACGACCCUACAAUAGAGGAUUUUUACCGUAAAGAAAUCGAGGUGGAUUCCUCGCCCUCGGUUCUAGAGAUUCUGGACACCGCUGGUACGGAGCAGUUUGCGUCCAUGCGGGAUCUCUACAUCAAGAACGGCCAAGGCUUCAUUCUGGUGUACAGUCUCGUCAACCAACAGAGUUUCCAAGACAUCAAACCGAUGAGGGAUCAGAUCAUCAGAGUUAAAAGGUAUGAGAAGGUUCCAGUGAUCCUGGUGGGGAAUAAGGUGGACCUGGAGAGCGAGCGGGAGGUGUCGGCGGGCGAGGGGCAGGCCCUGGCAGAGGAGUGGGGCUGCCCCUUCAUGGAGACCUCAGCCAAAAGCAAAACCAUGGUAGAUGAACUGUUCGCCGAGAUUGUGCGACAGAUGGACUACGCAGCCCAGCCGGAUAAGGACGACCCUUGCUGCUCCUCUUGCAAUAUACAAUAGCCCCAGAGCCAGCGAGGACAUAGUAGGAAUCUCCGGACAGGAUGAAGAAGGAAAAUAAUCACUCACUUGAGUGGUGAACUGCAAAGGAUGUUCUCUUUUUUUUUGGUGCAUAAAAAUCCCUCAUAAAGUAAUUCAAAUGAAAAUGGUUAUGUUUAUUGAAAAAAAGAGACAUCUUUGUUAGCCAUAAGACCUGAGGAACUGGACAAAAAAAAAAAGCACUCGCCUUAUGUCAUCCUGUUUUCUAUGGUCGAGGAAAUUGAGAUUUCAGUGCAGGAUUUUCAAACUGGUUUUUAAGAAGCUUUUUUUAUGUUCCGCUGUGGUAUGAUUUGGUAAUAUUUCAUUGAAACGGGUUUCAUUUCUCGUAUGGAUGUGUGGGUGUGUGAGAGCGUGUGUGCAUUUUGUUGACAUGACCCAGUUUUUCAGUGCACAUUUUAGUUUAUUUUUUGCUUGAAAAAAAACCUUAAGUCACCAAGGCACCGCGGCCGCCAUCUACUGCACAGCCCCCAAGAGAAGAGAUUAUCCCCCUUGAUCAUCUUGUUUUAAACAUUGAUGGGUAAUUGAUUUAUGUGCUCGGUUUCUCUCCGCAGAACUAAAGAAACCGUACCUCCAGUUGAGAGGAUGUUUAGUACUCAUCACUGUCACAACCAAAGAGGCGACUUGAAAGCGCCUCAGUUCUUUCUUGUCGUUUUGUUUCUUCCUCUUUUUUUUUCUUUCCUUUAUUUGUUCUGAGAAAAAGGAGGGUGGAAGCCCAUCUCUGUCCUUGAACAUCAGUACAAUGAUGUCUUUACCAUCAGUUUUUUUUUUUUUUUUUUUUGAGAUCUUUUAAGAAAGUGCACAGGUUUAUCUCUGCUUCCACUGAGGGUGACUCCACACAGUGGAAUAAGGACUUCAUUUCCCAGUGACUCAUUGGAACUGGACUCAGUCUGGAGUGAGGAAACUUGAGUUUUCAGGAAUGGAGGACAUUUUCUCAUAAGGUGCCAUCAAUUGUUCUACUAGCCACUUCUGUCAUGUUCUCUGAUUGGGUAUCAAGAUACUUUGAGGUGCUGAGAGCUUGUUAGCUUCUCACUCAUCUUUAUGUAUUCCGAGUAUUCAUUAAAAAAAAAUAGUAAUAAUAGUGUUAUAAUAAUGACAAUGCUAAUAACAACGGUAAUUAACUGUAGUGUAAAUAAUUUUGUAUGGAAGGUGCCAGCUCCUCUUGAGACACAGACGUUUAACACUCAUGUAUGCAUGGCUAGUAAAACAAACAAAAAAGAACUUGAUCAUUUUGAGAUUUAUUUUUUCAGGAGGUCGAAAUGCGCCAGCCAAACACUCACACGUCUGGACCCGGGACACUGGUUUGCUCCAUACGUCUGUGAUAACCAGAGGGAGGGCAGUGUUCCCUCUGUCCAUUCUCAUUGUUGAUUUUCUGUUCUAUUUUUUUAUGUAUCUACUUUCUCUCCCUCCCUUAAUGAAUGGUGACACAGUUUCAUUUGGCAUCUGAACAAUAAAGUGUGUUCAACACGA